CCCUGUCACAAUUCAUCAUAUAUGCAUAGCUAUAACCUUUCAAUUACCUUGCAUCAAUCACCUAUAUUCUUCUUUUAUAUAUAACAAGUUCCAAAAACCCUAAUCUCCGAAAACCCUAGAAAAACCCUAGCACACUUUGAAGAUUUUCGCCCUCCAAUCACCAUUCAUUGUCCAAUCCUCAAAACCCUUUUAACCAUCUUGCAUAAAUCACCUGUAUUCUUCUUUUGAAGCCCUAAUUACCCCCAAAAAACCCUGGAAAAACCAUAGCACACUUUGAACACCUACACAUUUACUCACUAAACAAGACCUUUAAAGCCCUAAUUACCCACAAAAACCCUAGGAAAACCCUAGCACACUUUGAACACCUACACAUUUACUCACUAAACAAGACCUUUGCACCCUCUUAUACAGGCCAGGUGAGAUCUCAUCAUCAUCAUCAUGAGAACAAAGCAUCUUGUUCCAAUUAGAAGCGAUGACGUCGACUUUAUUAGCAACCUCUCUGAUGAUCUCUGCAGUCUCAUCGUCUCCUUCCUCCCAAUGAAAGAAGCAGUGGCAACAAGCACACUAUCAAAGCGAUGGCGAUUUAUUUAUGCCUCUUCUCCUUCUCUAGACUUCGACUUCUCUCUUUUCCCUAAAUCAAGAGGAAGAAAGCAAGCAUUCAGUGACUUUGUGGACAAAACCCUAGAGCUUUUCUCCGGUGAAGGGCUACGUAAGUUUCACCUCUCAAUGGAAGAUUACGGAGGUUAUGAGCCUCGUGUUGAGGAUUGGGUAAAGUUUGCAAUUGAUCAUGAUGUUCAAGAACUUGAUAUUGGAUUGCCUAGAGGAAGGUUAUCUAAAAUCCCUGAUUUGGUGUUUCGGUGUGGAUCAUUGAGUGUUUUAAAUUUGAGGAUGAGUGACUAUGCAUUUGAGUUGCCUCAUCCAGUUGGACUAAAGAAGUUGAGAUCUCUUGAGAUCAGAUCGGUUCCGUUGAUGAAGGGGGAGUUCUUUAAGGGUGUUUUUGAAAAUUGUAUGUUGAUUGAAGAGAUUGUGAUUGAGAAGUGCAAAAUUGAUGCUCUAGAGAUUGAAAGCAAAAGUCUAGAGAAAUUGACUGUGUUUGGUUGUGAAUGGGUGAGCCCGGGAGAGAUGAAGAUUUCAGCAUCGAAUUUGAAGUGUUUUAAUUAUAUUGGUGAAGUUGUCAAUCUACAUUGUUUUGUGAAUUUACCAUCUUUGGUUGAAGUAGUGUUGAAUUUGAAUGUAAAAUCUUGUGCAUAUGAAAGUGAUGAACAAUGCUCACCACUCUUGGUGAAAUUAGUUCAAAUGGUUGGGAAUGCAAAGGUUUUAACACUAUCUCCAUGGUGCAUUGAGCAACUUUGUAGAGUGAGGAAUUUAUCAAAAUGUAUGAAAGCACAAGGAGAGAAUGUGAAGGAAUUGGUUCUCUUACUUGUGAGGAAAGAAGAUUGUGUCCAGUUGGUGUCUCCUUUGCUUAGGAGUUGUGUCAAUGUGGAAAUUCUAACAGUUUCAAUCCUACCAUCCCAAUCGCUGCGACGAGGAUUUUCUAAUGACAACAGUGGUGAUCAAGAUGAAAGAAACCUGAACAUAAAUGGCAAAAUGAAAAAUCUGAAGACUGUGAAACUUGAAUACAUUGAUGAGAACAAGACUGGGCUUGAUCUAAUCAAGUUUUUGCUGAACAAUGCUCAUGCACUGGAGAAGAUGACCAUUGUACCUUCAAAGGAUGGAUUGGAGCAUGCUAAGUUUAGGCAAAAAGUUUCAAUGUUUCGAAAGGCAUCGAAGAAUGUUAGAGUUGAAUACUGUACUUCAGUUUGAUAGCUUUCCUGUUUUCUGUUUCAUAACAUCAUUUGGAGUGGAGUUUGUGAUGUGUAACUAAUUUCAUGUA